AUGGCCUCCCAGCUCUCCGCCAUGACCUCCGUGCCGCAGUUCCACGGCCUCAGGAGCUACUCCUCGCCCAGGUCCAUAGCCACGCUGCCGUCCUUGAGGAAGAGGUCCCAGGGCAUCCGCUGCGACUACAUCGGCUCCUCCACCAACAUCAUCAUGGUGACGACGACGACCCUGAUGCUGUUCGCCGGGCGGUUCGGGCUGGCGCCGUCGGCGAACAGGAAGGCUACGGCGGGGCUCAAGUUGGAGGCGCGCGAGUCCGGGCUGCAGACGGGCGACCCGGCCGGCUUCACGCUCGCCGACACGCUCGCAUGCGGCUCCUUCGGCCACAUCUUGGGCGUCGGCAUCGUGCUCGGCCUCAAGAACACCGGCGUCCUCGACCAGAUCAUCGGCUAG